AUGUCAGCCCUAGAGCAAGGAUGGGUACGUAGGCAGCCUACAGUUACCAGGCACAGCCACGAGUUAGGGCCCCCGAGUUUCGACCCGGAUUUCAAAGUGGAAUUAGGGUCAGGUUGUUUCAGUGACUGGAGUGGAAGUCAAGAUGACAUGAAGAGCACCUCAGGAUAUGCUUUCUCUUUUAGAAGUGGUGUGUUUUCCUGGGCAUCUGUCAAGCAACACAAUGUUGCUCUCUCCACAACUGAAGCUGAGUAUGUCAGUGCAAGUGAAACAACUACUCAGGCUAUAUGGUUGAUGUUUGUGCUAGAGGAUUUUGGUGAAUUGCAGACAGAAGCAACUCCAUUUAUGGUAGAUAAUACUUCUGCCAUUGCAAUGACCAGAAAUCCUGUUUUCCAUCAAAAGACCAAGCAUAUCAACCGCAGAUAUCACUUCAUUCGAGAUGCCUUAAAAAGAAGAUGUAGUGAACUUGAGGUACUGCAAGUCUGA